AUCAAGUCACACAAAACCAGGCAUUCAUUUUUGCGUUUAUUUAAUUUAAAAUGAAGCAUGAGUAACAAAAUAUACAAACGGAAUUCCAGAAUAUGCAACUUUGUAAGUAAUUUGAGUGAUUUAUUUCUGUAUUUAGACAGCCGAUACGGAACCACAGCGUUGAAGUAAUCGCCGCAAAAUUUGUUGUCUAAAGAAACAUAAAGACACUAUGCUAUGUCCAUUUAUACAAACCAUAUAUUCCAACCAAAGCGAUAAAUAUAAAUUAUGUAUGUUUCUAUAUAAGUAGGAGUGACGUAAGUGUGAUACGUCACAAGCUAGUUCUCGCGCAUACCGAGGGGAAUCCCCUGGUUGUGAACCACGGUUUCGAUCAAAGCUAUUUGUAAAGUGUGUUUAGUUCCUAUUCAUACAAUGUGGUGUGCUUAAUAGCUGUACAGUGUUCGAUAGUAUCGGGCGUUGUUGCGUUAUGUUGAUAAUAUUACGUCUAUUAUUGAAUAAAUAUAACUUAUUUGUUCUUGCAUGGCGGGCAACGACAGUCGUUUCUGUCGUAAUUACACGGGUGUUCUGUUCCAUACACCUUGCUUACAGCCACCAUUUACAUAACUUUAUAAGGACAUGGAUAAGGAAGUUUUACAGAGAAAAGUUGAUAAAGCUGUUUCGUCUUUCGAAGUGUCAUGGGCGCAAAAGAAAGUCGGUGUUAAACACACGGGAGUUAUUCUGUUACUUGACGGCGAGCCUUGCUGUAGCUUGGACUUCGGCCCGCCAGCCAAUGUUGAGAUAAAUGCGUGGGAUUCGCGGCAGUGGGGAAAAGUUGAAGAACCUUUUGCGGUCAUUUACUUUGAACAUGAGAUCGCACAUCGGUUCAUGCGGUCUAAGGAAGAAAGGGGGAAGACGAUAAACACAGGAGCAUUGGCCGUUGUGAAUGCAGUUGAAGGUUCGAGUUUCAAGCGCGACGCCUUUAUAUCAAUGAUUGUGACGUCAUUGCAUUGUUCCGCUACCCACAAAAUGUUGGCGAAUGAAGUGAUUGACAGGUUGUUGGAUAUGAGGUUGGAGAAAUACAACCUGCUCAAAAAUAACUGUCGAAACCACGUGGUGGCGGUAUAUAAGAUGUUUAGGGAGAAUUUCCAACUGUUAUUCAAGGAGAGCGAGUUAUUCGAGAAGUUUCAUAACAUAGCCCGUUGUGACGCAACAAUGAUGGGCAAAGCUGCCAGCGUUUUCGGUGUAUUAAGUGUUGUUUCUGCCGUGUUUCCACAAAUAGGAAUCCCGCUGUUUGCUGUUACUGCCGUGGCUAGUGGUAUGGUGGUCUCUGGUAAAUCUAACUCUCUUGUCAAUAUCCAGAAAUCGAAUCCACAAACGCUGGGUGAAAUGAAACAACACGGUAGCUCACGACCGCCAUCUCCCGGUAACAUAUUUGUACAGAACCCGACUUGUGGUUUCGGGCAUUCAGAGUUUCUCACUUCGCUGCAAAACAUCGGAGUAUUCCGCAACUACGGAUCUCCUGCAGGGAAAACUUAUUUGGAAUAUUUCCUAUCCGUCCAUAAGCAUCACCAUAGAGAUCGUAGUGAUGAUGACGUCACAUACUUUUUUAUUCCUCCCCUAGAGGUUCAAGCGAGGAAAGAAAAUGUUCUGGAAAUCCUUCACGAUAUGAUGCUGCUUGAGAUCACACCUCACGUGACCCGCGUGCCUGACGCGUUCAUCGAUAACGUAUUUGAUGACGUCAUUGACCAUGAUGAAUUUUUAAAACAGAUCGCCGAAGUUUUCGCUGAUUUCGGUGACGAAUUAAAAGACGCCGAGUUGGUGUUGAUGUUUAAGUCUCACAACCUGUUGCAUUGGGAAGCCUCCCAUGUGUUCUAUAUGUGACUUGCAAUGAACUAAUAUUGUAUACCAACGACAAGGUUAGCCAUAAGCAUAUGCAUCUUAUGGGUUGCUCAAAUUGUUCGCCAUACAGAAACAAAUUCACACACAAAGUUACAUACAUGGUAACUUGU